GGUGUGUAGUGUGUGCGGGAGGCGCGCCGCGGACCCGAGGAAAGACACCACCGAAGCCCUGGCACCCUUCCCCGAAGCACGGACUCCGCAGCUCCGCUCACGCCCCCGCCCCCUCCAAGUCACUUAAAGGCAGCGAUACCUGAUCCCGGCGCGCUCCUCCGGGUCCCCGCCGGCCCGAUACCCCUGCGCGGCGGAGGCGCGCGCAAACUCACGCGCGGAGACUCAGCGGGAGACCAGGCGAGCUAUGAAGUCUUACACUCCAUAUUUCAUACUCCUGGCUGUUGGGAUGGUGCGGGCUGCCAAAAUCAUCAUCGUGCCGCCAAUUAUGUUUGAAAGCCAUAUGUAUAUUUUCAAGACGCUUGCCUCAGCCUUGCACGAGAGAGGCCACCACACAGUGUUCCUGCUCUCAGAAGGCAGAGACAUAGCCCCGUCACAUCAUUACAGCCUCCAGCGCUACCCAGGGAUCUUCAACAGUACCACCUCGGAUGCAUUCCUGCAGUCCAAAAUGCGGAAUAUUUUCUCGGGGAGAUUGACAGCACUUGAGCUAUUUGACAUAUUAGAUCAUUAUACUAAGAACUGUGAUAUGAUGGUUGGCAACCAAGACCUAAUCCAGGAUCUGAAAAAAGAAAAGUUUGACCUGCUGUUGGUGGACCCAAACGAUAUGUGUGGAUUUGUGAUAGCUCAUCUUUUAGGGGUUCAAUAUGCUGUAUUUUCCACUGGCCUUUGGUAUCCUGCCGAAGUGGGUGCUCCUGCUCCAUUAGCCUACGUCCCUGAGUUUAACUCACUCCUCACAGAUCGCAUGAACUUGCUACAAAGGAUGAAAAAUACCGGUGUUUACCUCAUUUCCAGAUUAGGGGUCAGCUUUCUGGUCCUUCCCAAAUACGAAAGGAUAAUGCAGAAGUACAACCUGCUACAAGAGAAGUCCAUGUACGACCUGGUUCAUGGGUCCAGCCUGUGGAUGCUUUGUACAGACGUGGCCCUGGAGUUUCCCAGACCUACUCUGCCCAAUGUUGUGUAUGUGGGAGGAAUUCUCACCAAGCCGGCCAACCCAUUACCAGAAGAUCUCCAAAGAUGGGUAAAUAGUGCUGAUGAACAUGGCUUUGUCUUGGUAUCUUUUGGUGCUGGAGUUAAGUAUCUGUCAGAAGAAAUUGCUAACAAACUGGCAGGAGCUCUGGGAAGAUUGCCUCAAAAAGUGAUUUGGAGGUUUUCUGGAGCCAAACCAAAGAAUCUAGGAAACAACACCAAGCUCAUAGAGUGGUUACCCCAAAAUGACCUGCUGGGGCAUCCAAAUAUCAAAGCCUUCCUGAGUCAUGGUGGUUUGAACAGUAUUUUUGAAACUAUGUAUCAUGGUGUACCAGUAGUGGGAAUCCCACUCUUUGGAGACCAUUAUGAUACCAUGACCCGAGUACAGGCAAAAGGUAUGGGGCUCUUGCUGGAAUGGAAGACAGUUACUGAAGGAGAGCUGUAUAAAGCACUGGUGAACGUUAUCAAUAAUCCCAGCUACCGGCAGAGGGCUCAGAAGCUGUCAGAAAUUCACAAGGAUCAACCCGGCCAUCCUGUCGAUCGGACUCUCUAUUGGAUAGAUUACAUCCUUCGCCACAAGGGAGCCCACCACCUCCGGGCCACUGUCUAUGAGAUCUCUUUCUGUCAGUAUUUUCUACUGGAUAUUGCCUUUGUGCUUUUGUUUGGUGCUGCAUUGUUUUACUUCCUCCUGACCCACGUGACAACAUUUAUUUACAGAAAACUCGCAAGUCUGUGGUCUAGAAAUAAGCAGAGUGCUGUUAAUGGACAUUAUCACAAUGGAUUCCUCAAUGGUAAAUACAAAAGGAAUGGCCAUAUUAAACAUGAAAAGAAAGUGAAAUGAGCCAGCAGCCCAGGGGAUGGAAACAAAUUGAUCCAGCCACUGAGUUCAUAAUUUAGUCUAACAGUUACUAAAAGUAAAAUGUCAAUAAACAAGUCUAACCCUCCCUUAUCAGAUAUUACUAAUGAAAUUGUAGGGAUUUACAAUGGCUAUACAAGAAAGCACAAACCUAAAAUGCAAAAAUGUAUUUUAUUCCAAUACCGAUGUAGAGUUGGCCCUGAACCUUUAGAAGCCUUAACUAUUUAAAUGAAUUUAAGACAAUUGGUCAGACCUUAGUUUUAAAUGUUGAUGGGUGUGUGUGUGUGUGUGUGUGUGUGUGUGUGUGUGUGUGUGUGUGUAUGUG